AUGGAGUUAGAUGUUGGCGACAAAACGUCAGGAAGGAUUUGGCACAGGAAACCAAAUAUAGCCAAAGAAGAUGGUCUCCUCUUUAAGGUAAAGGAGUCUGCACCUUGCUCAUCUUAUACUUCAUCUAGAAAUAUCCGAUUUGUUAAUGUUUCCUUCGACAACAGUUGUGAUAGAUUUAUCGCCACAGAUCAUCGAGGAUACAUAUUUCUUUUUGAUCUUUCCAUAAAUAGGUUCACUCUUGUGUUGAAAGCAGGCCAACCAUGUACAGCUGUUGUAUUUAAUCUGCGUCAUGGAGCAGAAUUCCUGGUUGGGCUGGAGGAUUGUUCUGUCAAGUGUUUUGAUGCUGACAAAGGCGAUUUGGUCGCUGAAAUGAAAGGUCACAAGUCACCAGUGCACAGAAUAUCAGUCAGUGUGUCUGGUAAUCUUGCCUUGACCACAUCUUCAGAAACCACACAUCUAUGGGACUUGAAUACAUUUCAGAAAAAACACAAACUAAACAUCAAAGAUGAUGUAGCACUUCUACAGACAUUCUUUCUUCCAAACAGCAAUAUUGUUUUGACAUGCUUUUGUGAUGACACCAUAUUUGCUUGGGACCUUGACUCCAUGGCCUGCAAGUACCAGCUACCUAUACCUACAGAGACAAGACCUCAGUACCGUGCAUUUGCAGUCUCACUAGAUUCUCAUCAUCUGGUAGCUGCAGGCAAAUCAAGACUGUUACAUCUUUGGCACCUGGAUACACAGAGAUUGAUCCGGGCUAUAGAAAUGCCAACACAUGUUAAGACUGUCAAGCAAGUUGAGUUUGUCCCCUACAUUUCUUCUCAAGGUAUUGACCAGAUGUUGGCAGUGCUCUCACAAGAUGGGGUGCUGCAGUUUAUCCAUACAGACAGCUGCAAGUUGUUGUUUGAUAUAGGGAAUGUAGAGUUGAAAGUCCUCUUUGUGACCAUUGACUCACUUGGUCAGUAUGCAGUUACAGUAAUGGACGAUGGGAAACUACACAUAUAUAGUAUUGCUGCACUGCUAGCAGAACACAAUAAGCUACCUGCCCCCACUCUCAUGAAAGUGAUACCCAGGAGUAAAGCUUCAGAUGCCAUGAGAACUGGGAAUAAAACAAAAAGAGCCAAAUCUGUACAGAAGUUGUCAAGGCCGGAAAUUACAGAACCUUAUAUAAAGAAUGAUUAUGUUGACAUAAAGAAUGUGUGCCUUGAAGGAUUGAACAAAGACAGAUUGCUAACCAUCCUCAAAGGAUAUGGAGAAUACCCUGCAAAAUACAGGACCUUUAUCUGGCAGAAGAUUUUACAACUGCCAGACAAUUUCACAGCUUAUGCAGCCUUGGUUGACAAGGGUGUCCAUCCUGCCUAUAGAAAACUGCAUGAAGUGUAUCCCAUCAAGAGCCAGAAGCUGUUUAGAGUACUACAAAGAAUUUUGUCAGCCCUGGCCUACUGGUCACCAGUGUUUGGAGAAGCCCAGUAUCUGCCCUCAUUCGCCUUUCCCUUUGUUAGAUUAUACCAGAACAACCAUUUGACCUGCUUCGAACUCCUUGCAACAGUCAUAGUUAAUUGGAGCCAGCACUGGUUUGAGUAUUUCCCCAAUCCUCCCAUUAACAUCCUUGGCAUGAUUGAAAAUUUGCUGGCUCAGCAUGACCUGCCUUUGCUUCAUCAUUUUAUGAAAUACAACAUCACCUCACAGAUCUAUGCCUGGCCAUUACUUGAGACUGCCUUCUCUGAGGUUCUCACACAAGACGAAUGGCUGAUCAUGUGGGACAAUAUUCUCAGUAACCAGCCAGCUUUCCUCCUCAUCAUUGUUGUGGCCUACAACAUUUGUGCUCAUGGGUCACUGAUCAAGUGUACUCAAGUGGAGGAUUUCCAGUUCUUCUAUCAUCAUCAAAAUGCACUCAGUAUCAGACAAAUACUGACCAAAGCUUACAGUCUCAUGGAAACAUCACCAGUGGAAAAACUGAACACUUUUGAGCCUCUCACCAAGGGAAAUUAUCCUGUCUUUAAUAAGUAUCCAAAGUCUAUUGUAGACUACCAGGUUCAAGAACGAGAAAGGAUUCGUCAAGAGGAACUGGAGUUUUUAAGGCAAAGGAAUAUAGCUCUUGAUGUAGAGAAGAUGACUCUGGAAAGACAUGGAAAAGAAGAUCAGUGGUACAGACAAAAUAAUGUUUUGAUUGAAGCAGAAGACAGGAGAAAGAGAAUGAUUCAGGAGGAGGAAGCCAAAUUGGCAGAACAAAGGCAACGUCUUCUGGCACUGAACCGUGAGGUAAAAAUGAAAGAGCUUGCCCUGCUAGAAGCAAGCAGGCUCAAAUGUCUUCAGUAUCAGAAGGAGCAGAGAGAAAUGGAGCUCAGGCGUCUCGAUGAUCAGCUUCAGAAAACAGCCUUGCAGUUAGACCAAGAAACAGAUGCAGCCAUUGAAAAUGCAGAGUUCAGCAAUAUUAGGCUUCAGUUUGAGAAAAAUUUACUUGAGCAGAAAAUGGCAGGUUCUACUACAGUAAAGACAGUAAUAAAAGACCUAGAAGAUAUAGAUUUUCAGUCAAUACCCACAAGUGAGGAAGUAUCAUUUGAGAGGGAGAGGUAUACCACAGAUAAUAAAGACAUAUUAUUGUUGCAUGAAGUGAGAUUACUUCGACAAAAACUGGCCACAGAGAGCAGGGCCAAGCGACAAGCACUUCCUGUUGCCUUUGAAACUGAUUGA